AGAUAUGACAGGAAAAACUCCACACUAGAGACAAGAACAUAGAAGAGAAUAAAGGCAAGGGUGUGCUUCUUCUUUCUGGAGAGACUGACAAUAAGAGUAGAUUAGAUCGUGUGCUUCUCGGUGCGCCGACUACUUCACUGUUACCUACCUAUCAUUCACUAGACCGAGUAUGAGUACGGACUGACAUUCACUAGACCAAGUCAGAGUAGGGGGUUCCAUUCUUCACUACACCCAAUCUGUACCGACUCCCAUUAAUUACAGGUUACGAGUGUGGAAAGACUUCUUACUUUAUUCCAUUCACUACUGGUUAAGUAAGCAUGAACGUAGAUAAGAGAGGAGUCAAUGGAACUCUUGGCUUGUGAACAAGUGACUUCUUUCUUUUCAUAGACUACACUACAGACUAUCAAGCACUAGAAAACAACAGGCCCAGUUACGUACGAGUCAGGCAAUUGUCUACCCUCACGAAGCAAUGAGAAAAGGUAGGUGCUGAUGUGCUAGUAUAGAACAUAAGUAAGAAAGCAUCUAUUUCCCUAUAAUCACCGACGUUGGUAUUUGCCUACACCCCAUUCUAUGAAAAACUCCGCAACUCCAAAUAUUCGAUAUAAUAGGAAGGCCAUUCACUUUAAGAGGAAAUGGAGCUGCAUAGCGUUGCCUUCAGACUGGUAUUAGCAAAUGCUUUGUUGAUCUGAACCGAACAAAGACACAUCUUUGGUGCAGUUUUCCUAAAGGCGGCUCACAGGGAAGAGAUCCGUUUUGUCAAUCAGCAAAACCAGUUUUCGUAGUGAUGAAAGAAAUUUCCCUCGAUCAUGUGUUCUCGGCCCUGUGACUGGUAAGUCAGUUCAGGCAAGAGAUGAUGGCGGGUCGAUCACGAUUUAGUCUUAUUGAUAAUUGAGUAUACGUCCGCCUAAGGUAAGGUCUGGUUAGAAAUCCUUAGGAACAAGAAAGGGCACACAAUCAAAGCCAGAGGUCUUCGAACCUUGGUAUUUCGAAUCAGAUUGAUAGCUUUUUGAAUGGCAGCGGUUCCGGGACUCUAGUCUUUCGUUUACAGGUUCUACAUUAGGUUCACGAAACCUAUCUACACAGCAAGCUUCUUCAACAGGUCAUUGGACAUCACCCUCACUUCUUCUAGCAGGAAAGCGCGUUAAGAGGUAAGAUCGUACCUCAAGUCAAAGGGCCUCGUUAUAGUUGGAGGCAACACACGCUGAACAAACCUCAACUUGCCUAUUUUGUGUAACUGGUUGAAACUACGAAUUUCCAGUUCAUCUUACGAUGGUAUACGGUGACGGGCCAACCUUCUAUACUAGUGCAUUCAUAGGAGGACGAAGCAGGAAUUAGGAAGCCCUACACUUCAACCGGAGCGAACUUCACACUCGAACUUAGAUAUAGCAAAUAGAUCAAAUAGGCUCAGAGAGAUACGGGGCAUAAUCAAAGAAAAAGAACCGUUGGAGUGGCAAUACAGCUAGAUAGAUAGAUAGAAAGUCUGAUUCUAAACUCAGUCUGAUCUGUCACACCCAGCCAUAAACAACCAUUCCAGAUUCCCAAGAUGAAGUGGAAAGAAAGAGGAUGCAUUCAGGAUCUCAUACUUCGAGAGCUCAACAGCUGUUAGGAACGUCGAGUCCCGCUAAGAACUGCUAACGUCGAGGGCUUUGAUUCUUUUAUUUCCUACCCAACAUAGGCAACACUAGACUGAUCAGACUCAAAAGACUACGCCUUGUCUUUUUGUCCUAAACUCAGCCGACUCUCCAUAUUCAACUGUUUAUGCCCCCCAUAGUAAAAACCACUCACACCAGUUUUGCCUAGUAGAGUGUACGAUCAAAGUGAACUUUUUAUGCCAGCCAUAGUCAAAAGUCCUACUUUCCUUCGCACAUCCGUUUGAUUGCUUAAUCUGUUUUGUUACCCUUGCUAUCCUUGCCUCCUAUGGAUAAAAGGAAGAAGAAACCUAGUUGAAGUAAGGAAAACAGGUUCAUAAGGUUUUCGAGUCGAAUCUUUGAUAUGGAAAAGUCGUAUCACCGCUCCGCAACCUGAACCACGGCACUUCCAAUCCUCUUUAUAUCACGAUUCAUUAUGCAAAUAAAGCUUUUCCUUGCCACUUGGAUUCUGGCACUUUGAAAGAAAUACGAACACUUCCACUACUGCUCUGGAAAGAAGAAAUCCGUCUUGUUGCGAGGAAUUCUUUGCAAUGGGGAAGGCUAACACUUCUUGCUUACUCACUCACGUUAUUCACUCAGAAAAAGUAAAGUAGUAGCACCACAAAUAAACUCAUCUAUCCCAGGUAGCCCCUAAACCUGAUAUGAUACGAUGGGGAACUGGGAAAUUACAGAGAGUGGUGGGUCCCGCCGCGCAACGGAUGAAUCAAAGCGAGAUCAGAUUCCUCUUGAUGAGGGCCGAUGUGACUUCCUUAAAUUCUUUCCUGAGCUCAACAAAAAAUGGAGGGGUUGGGGCUUUGGCUCCAGGCCCAAACUCUAUCUUGUGGUAGACUGCCCUCCUAGGGAGCGCUUGGGCAACUAACUUGUGGGGCAUGACAUUCGGAAUUUCCCGAGAAAAAAAGUCUUAUGUGUAUUGGAUCCGUCUGCUGGUUUCAGGGAUGGGAGUCCACCACUCUUGUCCAGUAAUGGUAGGGAUUCGCAGAAGAACCUCUGGAUCGAAGCAAUGCGGGCCUGUCUGUCUGUAUGUAAUCUACUUCUGAAUGAGGGAAUCCACUUUUGCUACUAGGGAAUCAGACUAAUAGCCUGCGCCUGUUGGCAGUAGUACUUGAACUAUACUUGACUCGGCAAAUAAUAUUGCUAUAUCGAGGGACUCAAUCCAGAGGACAUUUCCAAUAAGCUACUCUGGACUGGCAGCUUUCAGAGAUUGAUCUACGUAUUCCUAUUCGACUUGUGGUUCCCGAAUCAAUAGCGGACUUCCGUCAAUCCAUCAAGCAAACAACGUUCACUGAUACGAGACGGCACCAUUUACUAGAUUUGCACCACGCCCUAUUCAUGAUCUCUUCCCUGGUCAGUAGUAGGGUUGCCGGUGCCCAGGAAUAAUGCUUGUUAUUAUUAAGCCGAAAAGUAACGUAUUAAAAACAAAGUGAACAAAGUGUACCGUGCCAACGGAGACUGACCGAACUUCUACGCUAUGCCCCGACCCUGCUGAUAGAUAAACUAUUCAUCUGGUUGAGCCAGGCUGGCCCUAUUUAUUCCAAUGGAGACUAGACUAGCGUUAGCUGAAAGAUAGGAUUUCAAAGAUAGGUGUUCCCCAUGAUAGCAGUACCUUUCUCCCUUUCGUGGUGGAAUGGACCGCGAGUAAACUGAGCCUUCCGUACACAGUGAGACGGCCUUUUCGAGACAAGUCAGAAAGCUCUUAAGUCCAGUAAGCUAAGCAAAGCUUUCCGUUGGACUAGCAAUAUCGGAUGAAGGAAGCAGCGGUGAACGGAGUCAAGCUAUUGGCUGGUUCUAGCCCACACGAGAUGUAGGUCCUGAUUCCCUGAACCGGAAGAUAAUGAGCAUCGCGGUAAGAGAGAGUCUACUCGACUUGAGAAUCGUUGAUAGACAAAUCAUGCCCGGCAAAGGAAUAGGACUAGUGGAAGUACCCGAUCUCAUAGUGGACUCGCAAUCACCUCCUAAUGGUAUUAUCACCAGGGCUGCACUGCAAGAGAAUUCAUUCCAUUGAGCUGAUGGGAGGAACUCCUGUUGGUUGUUUCGAAGUCAAGGAUGCGGCCAGGGUUGUUAGAAAAUAAAUAGGCAAAGAAGUAGAGCCGUCUUUUGCAUGGAAUAGGCGAAAACCCUUGUUCCUUCUUCUAGCUCGGGAAGCAGUUUAUUAGCGAGGAAAGACAAGCCUUCUGCUUCUGUUGAUGCUGAGGAUGUAGCCUAGCCGUUGUUGCAGGAUUGGCAGGGAUAGAGGAAACUGGGAAUAGCGAUUCUUCCUCCAGAUAGGAUUUCAUGAUUGAAAGCUGUAGCUCAUGAUUGAUUUGAAAUACGCAUCCCUCCCGUAUUGGUGGAAGUAGAUCUUAUAUCCCACCAAAGCAUCGGCUAGUUGCAAGAGAUAUUGUUCGUAAUGCGCCGCUUGAAUGUUCUUCUCCCAUAUGUUGAUCAAGUCUUGAACAGAGAAAUAAUCCAUAAUCUUUUUGUUCUUCAACCAGAGCCUUCUGAGUCUAUCUUCCCCUUCCUUCCUAUUAAUAGAAGACAGAAUGCUAGGCAUGACCAGUCCUAUAUUCACUAAAUCAUCCCAAUGAUCCCUAAGAAUACUGAAAAACUUAGCAUUUAUUUUAUUUUGUACGCUCUGCAGCUUGUUCAGACUAGAGAGUACUACUUCAGUCUCACUAUCAUUUACCAUGUAGAUAUGAAAAUUACCCUCGUCCUUUUUACUCGAUAGCAGUGUGGUCUUCCUAGAAACCGCUCCCUCAGAAUUUAAGUAACCGCCUGAUAGAUCACGUGCUUUGUGUGUGAGACGAUUCAUGUCAGAGGCCUUCACCCAUUUUGAUGCUCUGCGAUUCUUCCAAUCUCGCGGAGGGGACACCAUAGGAAGUUCUGUAAAGAGCGGUAGAUCCUUUAUGUCAAAUAGACACCUAACAUAGUUUACUGGCUUAUACUUUUAUCCUUUACCUUUAUGCUCGGAGAGAUCGACCUCUACAAGAGGAUUGUGGAUCUCAAUCAAUUGAUUGUUGUGCAGCCAUGUUAAUAGACCGCUCCCAAUCGCAUACUGUUCAGAGGCAGUUUUCUCAUCAAUAGAUUUACCCUUAUCCGCCAUUCUUUCACCCUUAUUCUGUUUCGGGCAAUCCGUCUUCAUAUCACCAAUCACCUUACCAUCAACAACGCCUUCAACCGCACUAGCAAUAGGAGUCCCAGCCAAAACAGCUUCAAGUCCAUGCGAUCCAUCAAGCGUACUGUACUAUACUAUAUAUACUAUACUAUACUAUUUAUUAGUCUCUGGGAAUGUGUUCAUAGGCCAGGCCAGGAUCUGAGAUUCCAUGUGUCCUACUUCUCUGCCUUGGAGGAUAUGUGGUCGAUGAAUGAAUAAAA